AUUUGUAAUUUCUCGCCCCCGCCCCUCGUCUCUCGCACCCACUUACCAGACUGCACUUUGAUAUUUUUCCCUUUGGGUCUGGCCUUUGAUCUUUCUCCAACCAACACUCAUCCAACUCUCUCCUGCUUCUUAAAAUUUGUCGCACACCGGCUCAUUUCAUCCAUUUGGUCUUCACCUCCCUUUUCUACUCUCGACAGCAGCUUGAAAUCUUCAUCAUGGCGGACGACGCGCAGCAUGAGCACACCUUCGAGUCGGCCGAUGCCGGUGCCUCGGCCACCUACCCUAUGCAAUGUUCCGCCUUGAGAAAGAACGGCUUCGUUGUCAUCAAGGGCCGCCCAUGCAAGAUUGUUGACAUGUCUACCUCGAAGACCGGAAAGCACGGUCACGCCAAGGUCCACUUGGUUGCUCUCGACAUCUUCACUGGCAAGAAGUUGGAAGAUCUCUCCCCAUCCACCCACAACAUGGAGGUUCCCAACGUCAUUCGACGUGAAUACCAGUUGCUCGACAUCACCGAUGAUGGCUUCUUGUCCCUUAUGUCUGAUGACGGUACCACCAAGGACGAUGUCAAAGUGCCAGACGGUGAAGUUGGUGACAAGAUCGAGAAACUCUUCCGCACUGAUGAGAAGGACACCAACGUCAUUGUCUUGACUGCUAUGGGUGAGGAAUUGGCCAUGGAUGCCAAGGAGGCUCCCAAAUAAAUGAGUCGAAGCCGACAGCACGUCUGUGACUCGCUCCAAACACCUACUAUGCAUGACGAGAAACAAUUACGACUUGAGCAUUUGGGGGGCCGGGGCCGGGGCCGAUUUGCGAUCGCGAACAUCUAGCAGGCCGAAGUUCGAUAUCGAGUUUGCCGACAGCUAGGCUGGGCCGUUGAUCCGUGACUCGCCUUGAAAAAUGAUAUCCGGAUCAGUGACAAAUCGAUUAGCGCCGGUAAAUCUUUUGAAAAUCUGGUAGUUAGACGAACAAAGCAAUUACCACGAACACUGAAUCUCAAAGUGUAGUAG